ACAAGAACUUGUCGGCUCCUGUGGUGAACAGAGGUUGACUCUGUAUUUCAGUUUACUACAUUGUAAAAUAGUAAUAGAGAAUGUGAACUGCGGAGAAAAGGAAAGGAAAGGUUAAACUUAAUCUAUGCCCAGAUAUUCCAUCGCCUAAUAUCAUUAUUUCUACCAACAAUGUCAACAAAAAUAAUGACUGCAAUUGUAACAAACACUCGGCAUGUUUUGUUGAAAAACAAAAACAUAAUUCACAUGAGGAUGGCUAGGAUUAAUAGUAAAAGUGCAAUCAAUCAAAAAUCCACUGAUGAACCGGUGAAUAUUCAAGUGCCAAAACCUGAGCCGGGGAAAAUUCAAGCAGCCGUUUUGAAGGAAUUUUCAAAGCCCCUCGUUAUUGAAAACAUUGAACCUCCACAAAUUGAACAUAGAAAUAAUCAAGUUCUUAUAGAUGUACAUUAUUGUGCAUUAAAUGGGCCAGAUAUUUUGCAAAUGCGGAAUUCAUACACAUCUACGACAACAUUACCUAAAAUUUUAGGGUAUGAAGUAGCUGGAAAAAUAUUACAAGUCAGUGAUAAAGCAAAAGCAGAGGGCUGGAAAAUUGGAGAUUAUGUAGUCGCUCUGAAUAAGUUACAGUCUGGAGGCCUAGCUCAACAAUGUAUAGCGGAUGUUGCAGAUAUCUGGAGAGUACCGUCAUCGUCAAAACUUGUUGAUUCAGUUUGCCUCUUGGAGAAUUAUAUGACAGCAUUAAUGGGUUUUGAAAAAAAAGCAAAUUUGGAAGAAAAUGAAAUGGUAUUAGUUAAUGUAGGCCUUGGAGGAGUUGGACUGGCAGCUGUUGAUAUUGCAGCUAAUGUCUUUAGAGCUCAAGUAAUCGGUGUUAGCGCAACAGAGGAAAAGGCCACUCAUGUUAGAGAAAAAGGUGCCUUUGCUUCGUUAGCCUUUAAUGAUAAGAAAUUGGUUAAGAAAAUUAAAGAGUUUGCGGCUGAGAGAGGGAUUGAUGGUGUAUUUGACGGGACUGAGGGUGAAAAGUUUAAAGAAAUUUUGAAUUGUUUUACAAAAGUUUAUGGAGACAAUUUUUCAUCUACUAUAUUGCGUGAUGACAAUUUCUCAAUUUUGGUGGAGCAUUUAUCCAGAGAAGGACGUUUGAUAAUCGCUGGAUUUGUCCCGAAAGAGACGGAAAACAGUAAUGAAGUUAAGAAUUCAUUAAUUCCCAGUGGUGUAAACCUACGUGAAUUUAAAAUGGAAAAUUAUGAAUCAUACAGGGAAGCCGGCGAGGAUGUGUUGCAGUAUUAUGAGGAGGGCCUGAUAAAGCCAUCCUACUCUCUUAUCACCGGCUUGUACAAUGUUAAUGAGGCUGUUUCUUGCCUUUCUAAUAUGAAGUGCUUUGGAAAGGUUAUUAUUAAUCUGAAACAACCGAAUACAAUUAAUGAGAAAUAACGUCCAAUAAAAACCAUUAUUACUCAAUCAAAUUAAAGAAAUUAAUUCUCGGCACCAACUAUCGAUGGAAUGCUAAACAAAUGGAGAGAAAAAGAAAAUUGAUAAUUGGUUUCCGUUGAACAAUAAAGUUCUCGUUCUUUAUACCUAACUAGUGAUUAUCAGUAUUUCGAGAAUGAGACAGGGUGAAAGGAAUUCUACGGAUCUCGUACGCGUAAGCGUUGAAAACGUCAGCAACAUUGAAAUUACAGGAAAUUUUACGACAACCAUUAGCUUUUUAAUGAUAAAAAACCCUUCAACGCUCAUAACAAGUAAAGUACGGUCUGUCAUUUACAAACGUAUAUAAGUGAGUGCAGUGUCGCGAAGGCCAACCGGCCCACUUUUCCCGGGUGUUAGUUUACAGCUUCAAUUCCAGUACUCGUGAGAAAUUUCUUGAAUCCAUAUCGAGUUGAAUUUAUUGAACGAUGAUUUUUCAGUAAUUUGACAAGCUUCUUUAUUUAUUCAUUUGUUUAAUCAUAUUAUAAUAAAAAUUACAAGAGUGGAUUAUAAUUAAAUGCGAAUGAAAGGGACCGAGUGAUGAAGGCCAAGAAGAAAAGUUAUUAAAAUCAAAUAAAAAUGUAGUCGAGUAAAUUAUAUAUUAGUGUUGAAUAAUGGUGGUAGUGGUGGUGGUGGUGGUGGAGGUGGCGGCGGCGGCGGCUAUGCGAUACGAAUAAACGGCCACGUGAACUCACGAGAGGUGGACAGACAGUAGGGGAUAAGAAAUGCGUUCACGUAGUCUGCUAUCUCCUCAACGGCUUAGUCUACCACUUGGCUUCUCCGUGACGCGCGCCGGUUGAAUACUCAACAUGCAUCAUCUCAUUCAUAAAAGUGAUUAAACUACAGUGAUCAUGAAACACCAUUAAAUUCAAUGCAUAUAAAAAUUAUUUGUUACUUCAGUUUAAACGUGUGGCAAUGAUAAGGUGCUUUUUAAGGAAUGAAAUAACAUAUAAUUCUUCAUCCCCCAAUUGACGAACAAGAGAUAUUUAGUUGGAUAAAGUACACUUUGUAAUUGCAACCAAAAUCACUAGGAAGAAAUGAUUUUUACAAUGACAAUAAGCAUUAUUAAGCCGAUUUAUAAUCGAGUAAUGGAAUGAUAAUAGAUAAA